AUGGACGGGCUCGUGUCGGCAGCUGGUGUUAGUUCCGGAACUGUUAUGAUGGACGAUAUCGCUGAACGCGCACCAAUUUACGCAACAUUUUAUGUCUCUGCUAAUAGCGACACCGUGAAGAAAAUCAAUGAAAUUGAGCCAAAAUUAAUAGAGAAAUGUGACGGUCUGAAGACGAAAACUGGAUGUUUUGACCUGCAAAUUACGGACGUUAUGACUGGAUUCUGGCCUUCUCCGGACGGAACGCUUCCUAAACAAGAACCCGCUUGCGGAUACCGAAACGAACGCGAAAAUCGUGCACUAGCCAAAACACCCUGGAGGAUUUACCGCGAUGAUUUCAGAGUUGUGAACGAAGAUGAAGUUCGUUCAAUGCUAUCACUCGGUUCAACUAGGACAAAGCUGUCCAACCAGUCAACGUUUGCUAAACAUCACGCAGUUCUUGGAACGAAUACACACGCCUCAUUCCACGUCUAUCCACAGCGUCGUCCGAUCAGCUUUAAGAGGGACGAUAUGCAAUUGCUCACACUGAUGAAACAAGCUAUUCACGACAACCUUAAUCCGUUCCUUGGCAUGUCGUUCAAUGAAAAAGAGGAGAUGGUGCUGUUGUGGAAGUUCUGCUCUCGUGGUACUGUUCAGGAUAUAAUCUACAACAAGGAUAUGGUGUUGGAUGCGAAAUUUCAUGGUGCUUUCAUUAGAGACAUUACAUUGGGACUAGAAUAUCUCCAUUCCUCUCCAAUAGGUUACCAUGGAUCGCUUACACCAUGGGCAUGUCUGAUUGACAGGAACUGGAUGAUAAAACUAACGGAUUACGGCAUCGCAAAUCCAUUGGAACGUUGGGAGAAACAAGGAUUGAUUUCAACGGAAGUUCUCAAGGACGGAGACGACGAUGGGAAGAGUGGGUCGCUGCAAAAGACAAGUAUUCUAUACCAACCACCCGAGAUGUUGAAGAAUCGAGAGGUGAACCGGCUGCGGGGAACAGAUCAAACAUGGAUCAAACAAUCACAAACCCGUCGCCAAAUGGGAGACAUCUACUCUUUCGGCAUGGUAAUGUAUGAAAUCCUUUUUCGCUCUUUACCGUUCCCCCACGCCACCAACAUUGACGAGCUUAUUGAAUAUGUGCGGAAUGGUCAGAAGACGUACCAUCCUUCAAUCCAGGACAAGAACGAAAUCCAUCCGGAUCUCAUUGCGCUCUUGUUGGACUGCUGGAAUGAAAAUCCAGAAGUUCGACCAUCAAUCAGAAGAGUGCGUCUGAAUACCGAAAGCUAUUUGAAAGUGAAAGGUUCCCUAGUCGACCAAAUGAUGCGGAUGAUGGAACAGUAUGCCAAUAACCUUGAGAAAAUCGUGCAAGAAAGAACUGGUAUGCUUGAAGAUGCAAAUGCAAGAGCGGAUAAACUGCUUAGCCAACUCCUUCCAAGCUAUGUGGCCAACGAACUUAAACUUGGCCGACCCGUACCACCGAAAACCUUCCAGUCUGCUACAGUCAUGUUCAGUGACAUUGUGGGAUUUACCACAAUAUGCUCUUCGUCCACCCCAUUGGAAGUUGUUAGCAUGCUCAACGCUAUCUACAGUAAGUUCGACGAUGUAAUCAACAAAAACCAGGCUUACAAGGUGGAAACUAUAGGCGACGCUUACAUGGUCGUGUCUGGAAUUCCGGAAGAAAACGGUACUAAGCAUAUCAUGCAUAUAGCUGACACAGCACUGGACAUGAUGGAGCUACUGAAAACUUAUGAAAUUCCACACCGUAAAAACGUUCGCCUUCGUAUUCGCCUCGGAUUUCACACUGGAACUGUAGCAGCUGGUGUUGUUGGACUGACAGCUCCUAGAUAUUGUCUCUUCGGCGACACUGUAAAUAUGGCGUCAAGAAUGGAAUCAACGGGAGAGCCUGAAAAGAUACAGAUGUCACAAUGUUCACACGAAAUGAUUGAAAAGUACUAUCCAGAGUACCAGACACAACUUCGAGGAACGGUGCAAGUGAAGGGUAAAGGCGAAUGCACAACGUACUGGCUUCUGGGAAGGAGCACGGGACAUCUGCGAUAUCUCUGUGUGCCUUUUGCUGCACUGCAGGAAACACGCAUGAGAGAUCGGCCCGUCAUCAGCAUCGAAAAUUACACCAUAUACUGCGGCGAUGCUGAUGAGAACAAACCUGAAGAGCAGCGCAAGCGGAAGAUGAGGACUCUUAAACUUCAGCUCGACUACGUUCUGGCGAGGAACAUUCCUAGCUUCAAGAUACGGUUCCACAAGAGAAACCGAGGAGUUCCUCUUCAACCGAAAAUCGAUAUGGCAGGUCUGAAAGACGAUGAAUGCAGAAGAAAAUUCCGCCAACGUGUGUCUAUUCAUGGAGUACGGACCAAGAAGAAGCUUAGCGAUGCGGAUUCCUUCACAAAGUGCAUCCAGAACGCUGCAAGGGAAACGCUCCCGGUUCUAUUGCCGCGGAAGAAGUUUGCCUUUGCGUCUGUGGAAACAAUAUCCACAUACAAUUCUGUAUUUGUCGCGCGCAGCGCUGGUGACUUCAACCAGGAAAAGCGUCUUAGAAGGAAGCUGCGUCGUCAACUGCAACAAAACCGCGGUAACGAGUGGACGUCAAGAGCGAUGGAGUUUGAGAAGGCGUGGGAGGACAGGAACCCGCGGAAAGCCUACGCUCUACUUAAGCAGUAUAGCGGCAAAAUGAAAAGAUGUUCCCAUGUCCUCAACACUGCUAAUGGGGUAGCUGUCGGUGAAGCAACCCUUCCAAUUUGGAAGGAACACUUCGAGACCUUGCUGAACCUGCUAGCACCGUCAACUCCUGAACUCGAACACGUUCAUAGACCGACAUAUGCGGUUAACGAGGAGCCACCGACCGAGUCGGGGUCCUGUAUUCAGAAAAUGAAGAAUGGAAAAUCUGGUGGAGACGACGGGAUUAUCGCAGAAAUGCUAAAAUAUCUUCCUCCGUCUGGGAUUCGUGAGAUGACAAAGAUCAUCCGUUCAAUAUGGAUAAACGAAAGGAUACCUGAUUCGUGGAGACACGCUAUCAUAAUUCCCCUCCACAAAAAGUUAUCCGUCACGGACCCAAGGAACUAUCGAGGAAUCUCUUUGCUACGUGUUAUGUACAAGGUACUGGAGCGCAUUAUCCUGGACCGACUCAUUAAACAUCGCGAAGAAACAACGCGCGACGAGCAAGCCGGCUUUCGUCCUGGCCGAUCUACGAUUGAUCAGGUGUUCUGUCUGUCAGCGGUAUUCGAAGCCAAUGCAACUAGCGUUUCUGGACUUUGA